UCCAGCCAGCAGAUGGCGACGAGCGUCUUUCAGGUGAUGAUUCUUCCGUGACGUAUAAUGGACUGGACGGACGCUUCUUCAAGAACAACAAGGCGCCAACUCUUUCAACCACGUCGAUAGCUUGCUAGACAACAUAACACUGAAAGAUUGACGUUUUAGACCAUGUUAAUGUACAUUAUCUAAUCUCAGUGUUGUAAACGCAGUUAAGUUGACGUAUCAACUGGUUAACUUUAACCUAAUUCGCAUGGUCAAUUUGCAAACGUGUUAAAGAUUGAUACUGAGGUUAGCACUAGGCUAGACGCUAAUGCUAACUAGCUAGCUAACAUCCCUGACCAUGAGCUCACUAAACUACUCCUCCCCUGCUAAAGAAGAGGAUGUCUGCUGUUUGCAGAAAGAAGCUCUGGCGCUGAACAUGGAAGAAGAAGAGGAGGAUACAGUGAAAGGAGAGAAAGAACCUUUUAGAGAGGAAGAGGAUGCUGUCUCAGUAAAGGUGAAGGAGGAAGACAUUUUGGGAGUGAAAGAGGAGGAGACAGAAGAAGCUUUCAGGAUGAUAAAGGAGGAAGAGGAGGCUAUCACAUUGAAAGAAGAAGAGGAUGAUAUUACAGUGAAAGAGGAAGAUGGGAAAGAGGUUGUCAGCGUGGAGGAAGAGGAGGUAGAAGCUUUCAUAAUCAAAGAGGAGGAAGAUGUCAUAACAUUGAAAGAAGAGAAUGUAGUGAAAGAAGAGGAAGAACCUUUUGGAGUGAAAGAGGAAGAGGAGGCUAUCUCAAUAAAAGAGGAGGAGGAAGACGUUUUAGGAGUCAAGAAGGAGGAGGAGUCAGAAUAUCCGAUUACCAUCAGAGAGAGACAUGACUAUCGUGGAUCCUCUGGGGAGCCUCAACAACAUCCUGAUGCUGACGAGGCAGAGAAGAGUCUCUCCAGAUCAGAACACCAGAUGGUACAGCUUGCUCUCUCUGGGUCUGGGCUGGGUUUCUGUAAAGCACUUUAUGACAACAGUGACAUCAGCAUCCAUAAUGAUAUGUGUCUGUGUACCCUCUUUAUGGUUACGAGGACAACGCUAGCCCUUCCUCCCUCCCGGAGUCCCUGUAUCGUGCCUCUCCCGGUAGCACCUUACUGCUGGGUAUGAAGAGGUUGUCUGUGCUGCUGGAGGACUGCAGGAAAACAACGGGGCUGAGUGGAACUGUGAGAGGAGGAGAAGAGAAGAAAGGAUCAGAUUUGACUCAUCAAAGAGGAAAACCAUUCUUCGAGGAACCAAAGACGUCCGAACCAGCAAGACGACACCUCUGCUCCCAGAUUGGAAAGAGUUUUACCAGGUUAGGAAGCCUGAAAAGACAUGAGAGGGGACACGUAGAACCGAAGACACAAAAUUGCGCCCGGUGUGGAAAGAGUUUUAGCCACUUAGGAAAUCUGAAAGCUCAUGAGCGAACGCACACACAGAACAGGCCUUUCCAUUGCUCCCAGUGUGGAAAGCGGUUUAAGCGGUUAGACACCCUCAAAACUCACAAGAAAAUACACACAGGGGUGAAGCCUUACCAUUGCACCCAGUGUGGAAAGUGUUUUAUCCGGUUAGGAAGCCUGAAGGAACACAUGAGACUGCACACAGGGGUGAAGCCUUACUACUGCUCACAAUGUGGAAAGAGUUUUAACCAUUUAGCUAGCCUGAAAAGACAUGAGAGGAUACACACAGGAGUGGAGCCACACAUUUGCUCUCAAUGUGGGAAGAGUUUUAAGCGCUUAGACACCCUCAAUGCUCAUGAGCGAAUACACUAGGGAGACACCAUAACAUUGCGCCCAGUGUGGAAACAGUUUUGGCCCUUUAUAAAGCCUGAGAAGUCAUGAGUGAAUACACACAGGGGAGAAGCCUUACCACUGCUCCCAGUGUUCAAAGUGUUUUACCCAUUUAGGAAGCCUGAAGGAACACAUGAGACUGCACACAGGGGAGAAGCCUUACAAAUGUUCAGACUGUGGGAAGACAUAUUACUCAUCACAGACACUUAAAAGUCAUGUGAGAAUCCACACAGGAGAGUAUACUUACUUAUCCUAGUGUGUGAACUCAUAUUUCACAUAUCAUUGUCCAUUGUCUUAUAUUGUUGACUGAGAAUGUGUUUACUUGUUUAUACCAUGUGAAAUUAAAUGGUACAAAGUGUACUCAAACACAUAUAUUUGUAUGUUUUUAUUAGAAAACAUGAAGUGAAUAUGGAGUCUGUCAGUUUGAAUAUAGAGUAGAUCAGUGCUUCUACACCUGCAUUGCUUGCUGUUUGGGGUUUUAGGCUGGGUUUCUGUACAGCACUUUGAGAUAUCAGCUGAUGUACAAAGGGCUAUAUAAAUACAUUUGAUUUGAUUGUCAUUUGAUGUGUUUAAAUGGUCCUUUUUUUAAACUCUAUGUAUGUGUUUAUCUGGGUGUGUCAUUCCUCCAGCACUACAGAUAAUCAAGUGAUAUUUGGAUGUGAUGCAUUAGUUCCAUUGUUGACAUUUGCAUUGUUGGCCCACUGAUGAUUUAAUGAAAUGAAAAUAUUCAGACUGUAAUAGAAAAUGUUAAUUGUAUGUGUGUCCACAUAACUGAGUAUGUGACUAACCUUGUGAAACUGUCCUAUUAUAAUCUCCUGUUCUUGGGACUAUCAUCCUGUGUUGCAAACCAAUUUGCACCUGUGUCCUUGUAUGAAUAAAGUCCCGCCCAGGAACAGGAAACUAUAAAGAUAUGUGCUCAUCACUCAAUGCUUCAGGCAUUCAGACUGUCUACACUGCGCUGUGUAACUCUGUUAUUCUCUCUAAGCUCAGAAAUAAAGAAUCUUGGUUUGA